CCCGCGCGCGGCAUCGUUGCGCGAUGGAGCCGCUAGCCGCGGAGCUGAAGCAGAAGAUCGAGGACACGCUGUCCCCCUUCGGGUUCGAGGUUCACCCCUUCCAGGUGGCAUGGUAUAAUGCAGUUCUGCCUCCAGCCUUCCAUCUGCCCCUGCCAGCAUCUACCCUGGCCUUUGUUGUCCUCAGCACACCGGCCAUGUUUGACCAGGCCCUCAAGCCCUUCCUACAGAGCUGUCACCUCCAACCUCUGACCGACCCUGUGGACCAGUGUGUGGCCUACCACCUCAGCCGGGUUAGAGAGAGCCUCCCAGAGCUACAGAUGGAAGUCAUCGCUGACUAUGAAGUACACCCCAACCGACGCCCCAAGAUCCUGGCCCAGACAGCAGCUCAUGUGGCAGGGGCUGCUUACUACUACCAGCGGCAGGACGUAGAGGCUGAUCCUUGGGGAACCCAGCACAUAUCAGGUGUGUGCAUACACCCCCGAUUUGGGGGCUGGUUUGCCAUCCGGGGAGUAGUGCUGCUGCCAGGAACAGAAGUGCCGGAUCUGCCGCCCACGAAACCGCUCGACUGUGUACCAGAGAGAGCGGACCGGAUCUCACUGCUGGAAGGUUUCAACUUCCACUGGCGUGACUGGACUUACCGGGAUGUCGUGACACCUGAAGAGCGCUACUCUGAAGAGCAGAAAGCUUACUUCUCCACCCCACCUGCCCAGCGCUUGGCCUUACUGGGUUUGGCCCAUCCCUCAGAGCCUUGUUCGGAGUCCUCCAAGUUUCCCGUCACCACACUCGAUUGCAAAACUCAGAAUCCUAGUAGAGGUCAGAGCUGGCUCAGCCCCAGGGUCUCGCCACCUCCAACUCCAGGCCCUUGAUAGCCUCCCUCUGUGAGAUGCCUUAUUUAUGACAGUGGUACUUGCUAGGCCUUACUUGACUUUGGUGAGGCAAAAGGCUUUAUUUUG